CACUCAUCAGCACAUCCUGAUCAAUCUCGCUCAUACAGCAGCAGAGAAGUCGAGCUGAUCAAAGAAGCGUGCCUAUACUAAGUAAGUAAUGGCAGCCUCCAAGAGCCUUCUCCUCGCUGCUGUCCUCCUAGUCGUCAUCGCCGGUCUCGGCGCGGAGGCGAACAAGCAGGCUCCCCUUGCCCUCGUCGCCGGCGUGGUGCCAUGCAGCGCGGGGAGCUCCAUCAACGUGGCUGCCGUCCCAGCGUUCCCGAACGCCGAUCUGCAGCUGGUGUGCGGCAGUACGGAAAUCGCCCGCGCGACGACGGACGGCAGCGGAGCGUUCAACAUAAACCUGGGCAAGGUCAGCCCGUCGCUGCUCAUGCCUCUGCUUAGCAAGCAGUGCAAGGUGGUCGUGCUCACCCCGCUGGCCGCCUGCGACGUGUCCCUUGCCAGCGUCGCCGGCACGCUGGCUGCGCCGGUGCAGCUCCUGGGUGCCGACAGCGGCAGCGGCAGCGGCGGUACUGGCGGCCUCGGCGGCCUUGGCAGUAUAAUUGGCCUCAUCGGGCAGAUCGUUGGCGGCCUCCUCGGUGGCAUCCUUAACAUCGUCCCGUUGCCCUUCUCUCUCGUCUAGAGACUCGAUCGAUCCCGGCGUGGCGCUCGGAAUUAUUAAUACCUAAUUAAUUAAGCAGCAGAAAUCAAUACGUAUGAAACAGUGGACCUAAUGGUCGAUCACCCUGCUUUAUGUAGUAGUAUUUCGUCGCAUCAUCGUGAUAUGUGUUCCUACCAUUUGCUAUAAUCAGUAUUCCGUACCGCUGUAUGCAUGUUCGUGGGAAAUAAAGCUAUAUAUUACGUGUGUGUGAUUAUGUCA